CGCAGCAUCAGCAGCAGCAGCGUCAACGUUUUGUCAACCUGUUGCAUGCCAAAGCUUCUCGUGCCGGGUGGCAGUCAACUUAUCGUUCAGUUAACACAUUAUUUAAACUAAUUCCAUUUGCACUUGCUGGAAAACAUCAAACGAGGCUCAUUGGGCAAUUGCCGUGCUUAUUUUACUGGAACAAAUACUCAAGUUAUCAACAAAUACACACAAUGGGUUCCAUGCUCUGUAAGGAAUACAAAACGACUGGCAAAAUAACGCCCAAUCCGGAACAGAACUCAGGUGCCGUCGGUUCGUAUCAAUCCAAGUGCGAUAAGGUGGCAACAACAACAAUGUCGAACGAGCUGGAUGCCCAAUAUACGGAGCCGGUGGCCGUUUGUCUGGCCACGGAACUGGUGGAGAACGAGCUGAAGCAGGUGGACUUCAAUGAGGAGACCCCCGUGCUGCUGGUGAAGCAAAAUGGACGGCUGCAUGCACUCGGCGCCAAGUGCACCCACUAUGGUGCACCGAUGAAGACGGGCGCAUUGGGCGUGGGUCGGAUUCGUUGUCCCUGGCAUGGGGCCUGCUUCAAUCUGGAGACGGGCGACAUUGAGGACUUUCCGGGCAUCGAUUCGCUGCCCUGCCACAAGGUCAAUGUCAGCGAUGAUGGCCAGGUGAUGGUGCGCAUCAAGCGCACCGAUCUCGACAAAUCGUCACGUCUCAAGCCAAUGGUGAAACGGAAUACGCAGGACGAACGCUGUUUCAUUGUCGUUGGCGGCGGCCCGUCGGGCGCUGUUUGCGUGGAGGCACUGCGCCAGGAGGGCUACACCGGUCGCCUGAUCUUCGUUUGCCGCGAACCGUAUUUGCCGUACGAUCGCGUCAAGGUCUCCAAGUCGAUGAACGUCAGCAUCGAGAGCCUGCAAUUCCGCACCGAGCAGUUCUACAAGGAUCACGACAUCGAGCUGUGGCUGGGCGUUAGCGCCGAUAAGCUGGUCACCGCACAAAAGGAACUCCACUGCUCCAAUGGCUAUGUGGUCAAGUACGAUAAGAUCUAUAUUGCCACCGGCUGUGCCGCCUUCAAGCCACCUAUUCCCGGUGCCGAUCUGUUGAAUGUGAAAACGAUCCGUGAAUAUGCCGAUGCGCAGAGCAUCCUCGAACUGAUAACGCCCCAGACGAAUGUCGUCUGUUUGGGCUCCAGUUUCAUUGCGCUCGAGGCAGCAGCCGGUCUCGUCCCCAAGGUGGCCAGCGUCACAGUCAUCGGUCGCGACACUGUCCCACUGAAAGCGGCCUUUGGCGAGGCGAUUGGCGCCCGUGUCCUCAAACUGUAUGUGGACAACAAUGUGAAGAUGAUCAUGCAGAGUGGCAUCGAUCAGAUCAUUGGCGACGACGAUGGCAAGGUGACCGAGGUACAGCUGGUGGAUGGUACGCGUUUACCCUGUGAUCUGCUCAUCAUGGGCACCGGCUCCCGGCUGAACACACAGUUUAUGGCCAAGUCCGGUGUGCACCUGAACAAGAAUGGUUCGGUGGAUGUCACCGAUUUCCUGGAGACAAAUGUGCCCGAUGUUUAUGUUGGCGGCGACAUAGCCAAUGCCCACAUCUAUUCGCUGGCCCAGUCACGCGUCAACAUUGGACACUAUCAGCUGGCGCAGUACCACGGACGCAUCGCUGCCAUCAAUAUGAGCGGCAGCGUCAAGAAAUCGGAGGCGGUGCCAUUCUUCUUCACCAUGCUCUUUGGCAAGGGCAUACGGUAUGCGGGCUAUGGUGCCUACAAGGAUGUCAUCAUCGAUGGCAGUCUCGAAACAAUGCAAUUUAUUGCAUACUUUGUGAACCAUGCCGAUACGGUGAUAGCAGUCGCCUCCUGCGGCCGAGAUCCCAUUGUUGCCCAGUUUGCGGAGCUCAUUGCGCAGGGCAAGUGUCUGGGACGCAAUCACAUUGAGGACGCGACGAAUCGUCAGGCCUGGACGGCAAUGCUCAGUGAGCCGUUGCCCAAAGUACGCUAAAAUAUAUCCCAAAUCCAUACACACACACACACACACACACAUACUAUGCUUAUGCAACAAGAGAUUCAUUCUUAGUAUUAUAUUAUUUGUGACCAUCCGAAUUGUUAGUAUUUGUUAAAUCAUGCCAGUGCAUUACACACACACACACACACAAAUAUACAUAUAAAUAUAUAUUAUAAUAUAUAUAAUUAUAUACAUAUACAAGUUGAUGUACCAACAAUUUGCUCAAUUUCCAAAUUA